AUGGCACUAACCAAACAGCUCAAAAUUACGAAUCCGGUGCGUACAAGCAAAAAAGACGGCCAGCGGCAAAAUCAAGAUGGCUGCGCUAUUGAGUCACAGUCACCAAUGUCAGAGGGGGCUCUGGACUCAGACACUGUCCUCCCUGCCCUCCGCACUAUGAUGCAAGAACUGCAAGCCACGUGGCAGGCACCCUUCAGGCAACUUUCUGCCGACUUUCGCAAGAAUAUGUCGGAAUUAGGCGGUCGGACGAGCCACCUAGAGAAUAAGGUGGAAGAGCCUUGUGAGGCGCAAAAUUAA